GCGCCGCUCGCUCCCGGGCCGCCGCGCUCUCGGGCUCUGCUUUGGGUGAAUGCCAGCUCCCUGGUUCCAAAUCACACCUGUGAUUCAGAGCAGCUGUGAGCCACCACCCCCAAAUGGAGAAUGACUGUGCUUUGCCCUGAGAUGCUGCAUCACACCAAGAGCUGCCAUCCUCACUCCUCUGCCCAGGUGGGCACAUCCAGAUGCCGAAUGUGCCCCUCUCCAGGGCCGAUGGGCCCACGCCUCUUGGUACACCAUGCAAGAAAAGAGCCCUAAUCCAAGACUUCUUAGGAAAGGAGACUUGGUCUGAAAGAUGCUGCAUUCCUGCCAGCCUCUCUGGGUCCAGCAGAACACUGUCUCAUUCAAGGUAGUGUGGGCGAGGGGGUGACAGAGGAUGCUGCCCACAUCUGAAGCCUCCAGAGGAUCCUGGCUGGGCAGCUGAGCUGCCCUCAGGUCUGGGACUUCAGGUGUAACUUGGUGUAGAGCUCAUGAAAGGUGCUUGGAUUUCUCCAGCUUUCUUCACCAAUGCUCAACAGACUGGUUUGGGUUUCAGAAUCUAAGAGGAGCUGGUAGAAAGGAGAGCUGGCAGAGGUACAAAGAAGUUCCUACGAGCCUCUAGAAUCCAUUGUUGGGCUCUCUUCAUACUGCUCGGGACACAGAGAGCAGCUCCCAAGCUGCAGAAGGCUGUGAUACCGCUGAGCUUUGGACCAUCGAAAGUAAAAGAACACAGCUCAGCAACAGCACCACAUUUCAUCAAGAAGGAGCCUCUUUUAACAAAGGAUUUAAAGGGGAGAGUUUCUGCAUCUCUACUUUGUGGUCCAUCAUGAUAGAAAACUUUACGUUCACAUAGAUAAUGAGACUGGUUUUUCUUUCCAAGAUGCUAUAUUUGAAAGAAUCAUGAGCCAUUCUAAGCUUCCAGGGAGGCUCAGGAUACAUAGGAGUUGGUGGACAGCCUUCCCAGUACAGGUUAAGGAAACGGUCUGAGCCUCCAACUUCUGCAGCUCAGCGAGUAUGGACAUAUGCCACUCUUGUCUCCAGGGAGCUGGUGGCAGUGACAUCACCCAGAGAAAAAGCGUCCCUCAGCCUUGGGGCUUGACAGAAUGAGGUGUGCUGGGGAAGCCAUGAGCUGGGACUUGGCCUUUCCUGACUGCCCCUUCGUCCCACGGGCAGCCCCUGACCACUGAGCCAACGAUGGCUGAGAAGGGCGACGGCAUCGCCAGCGUCUAUGGGUAUGACCUUGGUGGGCGCUUCAUUGACUUCCAACCCCUGGGUUUCGGCGUCAACGGGCUGGUGCUGUCAGCCGUGGACAGCAGGGCCCGCCGGAAGGUGGCCGUGAAGAAGAUCACCCUGAGCGACGCCCGCAGCAUGAAGCAUGCACUCCGGGAGAUCAAGAUCAUCCGCCGCCUGGACCACGACAACAUCGUGAAGGUGUAUGAGGUGCUGGGGUCCAAGGGUGCCGACCUGCAGGGCAAGCUGUUCAAGUUCAGCGUGGCCUACAUCGUCCAGGAGUACAUGGAAACCGACCUGGCGCACCUGCUGGAGCAGGGCACGCUGACGGAGGAGCAUGCCAAGCUCUUCAUGUACCAGCUACUCCGAGGGCUCAAGUACAUCCACUCCGCCAACGUGCUGCACAGGGACCUGAAGCCCGCCAACAUCUUCAUCAGCACGGAGGACCUCGUGCUCAAGAUUGGGGAUUUCGGGUUGGCGAGGAUUGUUGAUCAGCACUAUUCACACAAGGGUUACCUGUCAGAAGGGUUGGUAACGAAAUGGUAUCGCUCACCACGCCUGCUCCUCUCCCCUAACAACUACACCAAAGCCAUUGACAUGUGGGCCGCUGGCUGCAUCCUGGCAGAGAUGCUCACGGGGAGGAUGCUGUUUGCUGGGGCUCAUGAGCUGGAGCAGAUGCAACUCAUCCUGGAGACCAUCCCUGUGAUCCGGGAGGAGGACAAGGACGAGCUGCUCAAGGUGAUGCCUUCCUUCGUCAGCAGUACCUGGGAGGUCAAGAGGCCACUGCGCAAGCUGCUCCCUGAAGUGAACAGCGAAGCCAUCGACUUUCUGGAGAAGAUCCUGACCUUUAACCCCAUGGAUCGCCUGACUGCCGAGAUGGGGCUGCAGCACCCCUACAUGAGCCCGUACUCUUGCCCCGAGGACGAGCCCACCUCGCAGCACCCCUUCCGCAUAGAGGAUGAGAUUGACGACAUCCUGCUGAUGGCCGCCAACCAGAGCCAGCUCUCCAACUGGGACAGGUACCCUGUGAGCCUGUCGUCGGACCUGGAGUGGCGGCCCGACAGGUACCAGGACGCGAGCGAGGUGCAGCUCGACCCGCGCGCGGGCUCGGCGCCGCUGGCGGAGGACGUGCAGGUGGACCCGCGCAAGGACUCGCAGAGCAGCUCGGAGCGCUUCCUGGAGCAGUCGCACUCGUCCAUGGAGCGCGCCUUCGAGGCCGACUACGGGCACUCCUGCGACUACAAGGUGGGGUCGCCGUCCUACCUGGACAAGCUGCUGUGGCGCGACAACAAGCCGCACCACUACUCGGAGCCCAAGCUCAUCCUGGACCUGUCGCACUGGAAGCAGGCGGCCGGGGCGCCCCCCACCGCCGCGGUGGCUGCGGACGCGGGGCCGCGCGACGAAGAGCCGGCCAGCCUCUUCCUGGAGAUCGCGCAGUGGGUCCAGAGCACGCAGGGCGGCCCCGAGCGCGCCAGCCCGCCCCCCGACGGCCCCGAGCGCCGCCUGUCGGCCUCCCCGCCCGGCCGCCCGGCCCCCAUUGACGGGGGCUCCAGCCCCCAGUUCGACCUGGACGUGUUCAUCUCCCGCGCCCUGAAGCUCUGCACCAAGCCCGAGGACCUGCCGGACAAUAAACUGGGCGACCUCAACGGCGCAUGUAUCUCCGAGCACCCUGGCGAUCUCGUGCAGACUGAGGCCUUCUCCAAAGAAAGGUGGUGAGGGCGGCGGAAGGGCGCUCCAGGCCAUCCCGAAGACCAUCCUGGGAAAGCAGGGCCUGGCAGGAGGGGGCCGCCUCCCUGGCAUCCGCACCACCCCUUCCGCCCCUCUCUGCUGCCUUGGGGUUAGCAGAACGCAGGAAGGAUCCGAGGAGCGAGAGGAAUGUCCAUUUCUUAAACUGCCUUAAUAACUAGCCUUUAACCUCUGGGAGUGGGUUUGAACAGCAGCCGAGAUUGGGGGUUGAUCACCUUCCCAGUGAGGAAGAGGCCCUUGUGUUUUUAUAAGUGGCGGUGUACAGGGCAGAAACAUGUCUUAGCAGUCUGCAGGCCCCACCUGGGUGGUUGUGUGAAGUGGAACCUUGCAGGCAGAGUGUUGGAACCACCUGGCCCAACUAGCCUCAGCUGACAGUUGUGGAAGGACAGUGAGGCCCAGAGAAGCAAAGUGACUAUAAGUUCAGGGCCUAGUCAGUGUCAGGGCAAGCCUUGAAUCCCAGGCUCCUGGCCCCCAGGCCAGUGUCUGUCCGCUAAACAAUGUCUUCCUCUACUGGAGUCACGCUGGCUUUUCGCUCAGAAGACUUGGUUCAAGAUGUUUCUUCCCUGUCCAUUACCAUCAGACCCAUUCUGCAUGCUUUUACUCAGAGCAAUGCCCCCUGAAUUCUGAGAUUGGAAACUGAGCCAGCUUCUUUCCCCUAGUCACCAAGCAUAUCUUUUUCUGGCUCCUCAAGUACGCAAAUAUUCCCAUCUGCCUCACCCCUGUAGUAUUUGCCUCACCCCUGUGUGGUCUGAAAUCUUGGUUGCAGAUCAGACCAGUCUGGGCUCUGUGGGUAAAAUAACCCAUUCUCCCAGGCCUGUGCACACACCUUUUCCAGAACUUCCUAUGCACUUUCCUGACACACGCACAGACACAAUGACACAGCUCUUGCUCCCGAGGGAAUGUCAUACACGGGUGAGUUUGAAGACAACAAUUCCAAGAAUCCCUCCAGCCUGCCCCACACCCGAACCCCCAUACUCAUAGCCCCGCUCCAAGCCUACCUUGGGAACUCAUGUUCUCGGCAUGAAUUGCUCAUUUGGAGGAAAGCAGCGAGGUUCCUGCCUAGAGCAAAUGUGUUAGGAGAGAAGAUUUCACACAGGGCCCAUCCGACUUCAUUAAUACUGCCCUUGAUUUUGAUCAUCCAUUUAGCCCCGGCAAAGGGCAGGCCCUGAAGAAAUGCAUUGGAGAGCAAGAGGCCUUGGGGACAGGGAAUCCGGAAAGGUAGGAAGGUAUGAAAGGUGGGGCGCCAACAUCGAGGGCCCUCAGGGGUCAGGCACCAGCAUGGGGACCCCACGACAAAAGAAAGGACUCGAGGCCACCAUGUCCCUCCUAGCUUAGGCCAGGAUGAGUUCGGAGCAUGCCAAACCAGAGGUGCACUUGUACACAGAGCCUGGGGGAGGAUGGUGUGUGGGCACAGCAGGCCCUCUGCAGAAGCAUGGAGGCCAGCCCCCUGGAAAUGCUCUGCCAUUUCCACCACUGGCGUUCAGCUUCCAAGAUGCCUACAGGAGCCAGUCUGUAAACAGAGGAUUCCUCAGUGUUGAUCUUAGGCUGGGUUCACCCUCACCUCAACCGCACCUUAAAUCUAAUCAGCUAACUAGGAUCUGUGCAUUGAAACCUGUAACACGUUAGAAACUUAUAUUUAAGCACAACCAUACUGACCAAUUUUUAAAUGGAAAAUAUGUAAAUAUGAAGUGUCUGGGUUUCUUUUCUUUCUUUUUUUUUUUUAAAGAAAAGGAAAUGUACACCACUCCUCAUGUGCCAUUUGUCCUCAAAGGGCGGCUUUACUUUUUUGGUAAAGGAACAAGCUGCUGAUCUUGACCAGGAGUUCAUAUAUAAUUGUUAUUACAGAGGAAUUGCUAUUACUUACUCAUGUUUUAGAAAAAUCUAUUAAACAUUAUUAAACUUGAUCAGGAUGGGCCAAAUAAAGCUUUAUUGGAACAUA